AUGGUUUCCAAGGCGUUGCUUCUGGUGGGUCUCUUUGCCGCCGUUCUUGUCGUCUCUCAAGUAGCCACGGCAUCUGAAAGGCAGUCUGGCACUGUGACGUCAAAGAGUACUGAGGAAACACUGCACCCUGAUCAAGUGAGCUACGGAGCAGAGCUCCAACGCGGAGUACCAUGGGGCGGAGCCUAUAGAUCUAGAUCUCCAUUGCCUGUUGUAAUCUUCCUUGUUUUUAUGAUAAACCUUUUGUAA